AGAUUUGUUACAAUUUAAAAACGCAUUUGAGAUUCUUUGGUGAGCACUUAAAAAAGUAGUAAUGGCGGGCAUGUGGGGGAGUCGAAAACUGCAUGAAUGCGAAAGCGCUCGUCAAACAGAGAAGACUGAUCAAUGUUAUUGUUACUAAUAUAGAUGAAAACAUAUCCCAAUUUGCAUGUUCCAAACCCAGAGCUUUUCCUGAACUUCCAUUACUGCCUAAAAAUAUUGUUGAAUCUGAUCUUUACAAGACUGUAAACAAACAUGGCAUGUAUCCUCCUAUAUUAAAAAAAAAAUCAUGGAACAGAGCAGUCCCAUAUAAAGAAAUGUCGUAUUAUCGGACACCAAGUGAAUCUAUUGCAAAUAAUUAUACUCCAACCAUUCAGAAUCUUAAAAUCAAAGAAUUGCAUAAACUUGAUGCUAAUAAUAAUUAUAUAUCAGAUAAGUUUUAUCAAAAACAAAAUCAAAAAUUGAUUGGUGAAAAAGAAACAUUAGAUAGUAAAGCUGAUAGUUCAAGUCGACCACAAACACCUAUUCAACAGUUGAGUAUUAUAAAAAAAAAUUAUAUGAUUGAAAACCAAAGAUACACUGAACCUAACAGCGAAGAUAUUCAGCGAUAUCACUACUACAUAUUACACGGUGUUUCAACACAAGAUAUAUGCCCCCUCGAUACUGUUAUGGUUGAUAGAGUUAUUUCAGAAUGUUUAUCAACUCAUUACGAUUUGCAGAAGUAUAGUGUACUAAUUAGUAAUUUAAAGGAAGAAGUACAUUAUGAUUAUGAAAUAAGUUGCAAGAAAUCUAUAGUUGAUUAUAUAUUAAAAGACAAAAAUGAGUGCCAGCGUUUAAAUAUUGGAUCUGUUCCUCUAGUACAUCUUUCAAAAUGUCUUCGUGCACCUGUUCCUUGGAGAACUGUGUUUCAAUCUUCAAAGGAAUUCAUUCAAAAGCAUCUAAUGAAGAUUAAUCCUGUAAUGGGUUCAUUGCAAAAUCUUUGGGAUCAAAAGUUUUCUUCUUGUAGGUUUAUUGAUAUUUUCAAAAUAAAGAAUGCAGGUUUACCUCUCAGUUUACAGGCUUUUGAAGAUCUUAUAGAUUGUUGCUGUUUGGAGGGAAAGCAGAUCUUAAAAACUGUUUGGCUUCCAGCUUGCAUUCAAUUGCUUCAUGAAAUGGAAGAUCAUUGGAAGCAUUUAAUAGUAAAAAGUGCUCAGCUUAUUCAAGAGUUUUUUUCUGCAGUCUCUACUGUUAUGUCAAUGAAUCUUCGAAGCAUGGUUAUAAACUCAUUAAAAGACUUUGCUCUUUUUUUAUUUUCAUAUAUGAAGGGAAAUCAUUUUAACAAUCAAGCAGAGAUGCAUCAGUUUUUUAAUCCACAGAUAUUCUUGGUUGAUGUUGUGUUGAUUAAUUCACAAAUUAUUUUCCAACCUUCUUUAAACAGUUUCCAGGAUUUACUUAUGAGAGUAUUUCAGAAAGUAACAUGUUCCUCUGAAAGUAUUCCACGAGUGGAAACUGUUCUUUUUCCUAAUUUAAAUGACAAGGAAUUAUUUUUAAAUAAAGUUGAUUACAAUCAGAGUUCUGUACAGCAUUAUAUAAAGAUGGUACUUGAUGUAUUAGAAUCAAACAUGAAAGGUCCAUAUAAGUUUUUAGAUACAUAUGACUGUUAUAAAGAUUUGUUUAAUGGAGUUGCUGAAGCAGGAGUGACAAAAUUUCUUUCCAGUCCUCAUGUGAUAGCAGAUUUUUCAAAGAAAAUUCAAGUUUAUCGAAAGCUGUACUAUGAAAUCUCCUGUUUAAAUUAUACUGUCCCUAUGAACCUCUUCUGUAUCAAUUGUAUUAGAUUACAUAAUGAACUUGCAAAUCUUUGUAUCAAACAUUCAGAUCAAUUUAUAAAUUUUAUAGUUUCUCAAAACAAAGAAAAAAAUAAAGAUAUUUGUCAUAGUUACGAUCUUAUAUCUGAUCGGUGUCAUGAAAUUCCAGAUAAAACGGAAGAUAUUGUUGAAUUAAUUAACUAUGUAAAAGAAGCAAGCUCAGUUAGAGUUGCAGAGCUUCAGCUUGAGGUGGAAAUGGCUGCUGAAAGAAUUACAUUUCUUCUCCAAUAUGCAGAUGUUACUCCAUCAGAUAUUAAAAUCAAUAAUGAGCUUUUCACUUGGCCCAGAAAAAUUAUGAAAAUAUUUGAAUUAAGUGAAUCACGAAUUUUAACAAAAAAGUUGCAUUUAGAGCAGGAAUUAAAAAGAAGGGUUAUUAUUUUGAAGGAAAUGUUAGAGACAUAUCACAAUAAUAUUGAACUUUUCAAGAAAAAAGAGGUAUUGACUACAGAGGAAAUGAUAAAAAAUGUAGAAAAUCUCAGUGAUAUUAAUAAACAUGUUGAAGCAGCCAGAACAGAAGCUGAGUGCUUAUGUAAAGAAGAAAUGCUUCUGGGAUGGGAAAUUACACAGUAUCCACUCCUGCAAAUCUUAAUUACAACUAAAGAACCAUAUGAAAAACUUUGGAAUACUGCAUUGCAGUUUACAAAUUCAUAUAAUAAUUGGAUGAACUGUCCAUUUAAAGAUAUAAAUGCUGAGAAAGCAGAAGAAGAGGUAAUGUCGAUGUGGCGAACAAUGGUCAAACUUAUCAAAGUUUUCUCUGAUGUUGCUGGCCCGCGUCGCAUUGCUGAAACCAUUAAGUUAAAGAUUGAUAAAUUUAAACCUAGUCUUUCUUUAUUAAGUUCAAUAUGUCAGCCUGGACUUCGAGAUCGACACUGGGAAUUAAUAAGCGAUCUUAUUGGUUCUGAUAUAAAACCUGACAAAGAAACAUCUCUUACGGAAAUCAUUGAUGCAGGGCUAUUGAAAUUUCUUCUAGAACUUGAAGAAAUAAGUGUUACUGCUAGCAAAGAAUACUCCAUUGAAAAAGCUAUUGACAAGAUGAAAAAUGAGUGGGCUGAUAUAAUCUUUGAAUUUUUACCAUAUCGAGAAUCAGGAGUUUCAGUUUUAUCAUCUAUAGAUGAAAUACAACUGUUGCUUGAUGACCAUAUCAUUAAAUCUCAAACAAUGAGUGGCUCACCUUUUAUUAAACCUUUCGAGGCUGAUAUUAAAAUUUGGAGAGAAAAUCUAAUCAUGAUCCAAGAUAUACUUGAUAAUUGGCUUCAGUGUCAAGCCACAUGGAUGUAUUUGGAGCCGAUUUUCAGUUCAGAAGAUAUAAUGAAGCAGAUGCCUGAAGAAGGAAAAAAAUUUAAAAUUGUGGAUAGUUAUUGGAGAGACAUUAUGUUAAAUUCAGUUGUUGAUCCACAUGUGCUUGUAUGCACUAGUCAACCGAAAAUGUUAGAAAGGCUUGUAGAAGCAAACCGACUUCUAGAGGACAUUCAAAAGGGACUUAAUGCUUAUCUAGAGCAAAAGCAGCUUUUCUUUCCCAGAUUUUUCUUUCUCUCAAAUGAUGAACUUUUGGAAAUACUUUCUGAAACAAAAGAUCCUCUUCGUGUGCAACCACAUUUAAAGAAAUGCUUUGAAGGUAUAUCAAAGCUUAAAUUUACUGAUAAUCAAGAAAUUGUUGCCAUGAUAAGUGCUGAAAGAGAAGUUGUUCCAUUUAUGGAAAAGAUCAUUCCUGCUGAAGCCAAGGGCAUGGUAGAGAAAUGGCUUCUUCAAGUUGAAAGUGUUAUGAUCAUGAGUUUACAAAAAGUUGCUGAUGAUGCUCUUAAAGCAUAUUCUUUGACACCUCGAGAAAAAUGGGUACAAGAAUGGCCAGGACAGAUAGUUAUAGCAGUUAGUAGUAUUUAUUGGACUGCAGAGGUUAGUGAGGCAAUACUCAAACCCAAUGCCCUUUUCAGCUAUCUAAAUAAGUCCAAUGAUCAAAUUAGUAAACUUGUAGAAUUAGUUCGUGGAAAGUUAGAUAAAGGAGUACGGCUGACUCUUGGUGCUUUAGUAGUCAUUGAUGUACAUGCUCGUGAUGUAAUUGAAAUGAUGACAAAGAAUAAUAUAAGCGAUCCAAAUAAUUUUCAAUGGAUAGCUCAAUUUCGAUAUUAUUUUGAAGAAGGAUUAAUUGCUGUGAGAAUGAUUACAACCACUAUUAUGUAUGGGUAUGAGUAUCUUGGAAAUUCUGGAAGACUUGUAAUAACUCCAUUGACUGAUCGAUGUUACAGAACUCUAAUGGGCGCUCUGAAGUUAAAUUUGGGUGGGGCUCCAGAAGGUCCUGCGGGAACUGGAAAGACGGAAACAGCAAAGGAUCUUGCUAAAGCUGUUGCGAAGCAGUGUGUAGUUUUUAACUGUUCAGAUGGAUUAGACUUUAAGGCAAUGGGAAAAUUUUUUAAAGGUCUAGCUCAAGCUGGGGCUUGGGCAUGUUUUGAUGAGUUCAACAGAAUUGAAUUAGAGGUACUAUCAGUUAUUGCUCAGCAAAUUUCAACUAUUCAAAAUGCUAUCUCUGCUAAAUGUAAAACAUUUAUUUUUGAAGGCACUGAGUUAGUUCUGAAUCCUACAUGUACUAUAUUCAUUACAAUGAACCCUGGGUAUGCAGGGCGCCAAGAACUACCUGAUAAUCUAAAGAUAUUGUUUAGAACUGUAGCAAUGAUGGUCCCAGAUUAUUGUCUUAUUUCUGAGAUUUCCUUAUACUCAAUGGGGUUCAUCAACGCAAGAGCUAUGGCAGUUAAAAUAGUUGAAACAUACAAGUUAUGUUCUGAGCUUUUAUCAUCUCAGUCACAUUAUGAUUAUGGCAUGCGAGCUGUUAAAUCUGUGUUGACAGCAGCUGGUAAUUUGAAAUUAAGAUACCCAAAUGAUGGUGAGCAAAAUCUUAUUCUUAGAGCGAUCCUAGAAGUUAAUUUAGCUAAGUUUUUGUCACAGGAUGUACCAUUGUUUGAGGGAAUUAUCUCUGAUUUGUUCCCGGGUACAUCGUGGCCAUCUCCAGACUAUGGUCUACUAAUGGAGGCAAUAAUUAAUAAUUGUAAACAAGAAAUUUUGCAGCCUACUGAUUGGUAUAUCAAAAAAAUUAUUCAGAUAUAUGAAAUGAUGAUUGUACGACAUGGUUUUAUGAUUGUUGGAGAACCACUUGGUGGGAAAACUAAUGCUUUCAAGAUUUUAGCUCAAGCAAUGUCAGAUUUAGAAAAAUUACAGACUCCAGAUUUUUUUAAGGUUAAGUUUAAAAUUAUAAAUCCUAAGUCAAUUACAAUGGGUCAAUUGUAUGGUAAUUUUGAUCCAGUUUCUCAUGAAUGGUCUGAUGGUAUUCUUGCUGUUUCCUUUCGUGAGCAAGCUGUUUCCACUACUGAUGACCGUAAGUGGAUUGUUUUUGAUGGUCCAGUAGAUGCAAUAUGGAUUGAAAACAUGAACACAGUACUGGAUGAUAAUAAAAAGCUAUGCUUAAUGAGUGGAGAAAUUAUUCAAAUGAGUGUUAAGCAAAGUUUGAUAUUUGAAACUGCUGAUCUUGAGCAGGCAUCACCAGCCACUGUCAGUCGAUGUGGUAUGAUCUAUUUGGAACCACACCAGCUCGGUUGGGAGCCACUAAUGUUUUCAUACUUGCAAAAUAUACAAGAGUCUUUGAAUAAAGAGCAGAUGGAACUUUUGCAAGACUUGUUUAAAUGGCUGAUGCAGCCUUGCUUAGAUUUCAUUAAAAACAACUGUCUGUUACUAUGCAGUAUGUCAAACAUGUUUUUGGUUCAGAAUUUUAUCAAGCUAUACUCAUUGUUAUUGGAAGAAGUAUAUCAAAAUAAAGAAUCAGACAAUGCAAUUAAGUAUCCAACAAGUCAGAUUUUAUCCUGGUUGGUGUCCUGCUUUAUUUUCUCUAUUGUAUGGUCUCUUGGUGCAUUCAUAGACUCAAAGAGUAGAAUAAUAUUUAGUGAAUUUUAUAGAACACUUAUUAAUGGACAAGAUAAACUAAAUCCAAAGCCAAAAAAAGUUUUAAAGAGCAAUCUUAUUCCUGAUGCUGGACUUGUUUAUGAUUAUGUGUUUGUUAAACAAGGAAAUGGUUCAUGGUUGCGUUGGAUGGAGACUGUUGAUAAAAAUUCUCUUGUAAUUCCUCAAACUGCACAGGUAUCUGAGCUAAUAAUUAACACAGAUGAAACAACAAGACAAACUUUUUUUUUGGAUUUACUGAUUUUAAGAGAUGCUCCUAUAAUGUUUAUUGGUAACACAGGGACAGGAAAGUCUGCAAUAACCAACAGUUAUCUAGUCAAACUUCCUAAAGAAAAAUUUGUUCCAGUAAAUUUUAACUUUUCUGCACGAACAACUGCACAGCAAACUCAAGAACUAGUGAUGGAAAAGCUUGACAGGCGACGUAAAGGUGUAUACGGACCACCACCCGGUAAAAAGUGUGUUUUGUUUAUUGAUGACAUAAAUAUGCCAGCAAAAGAAAAGUAUGGUGCUCAACCUCCAAUUGAGCUUCUAAGACAGUUAUUAGAUCAAAAGAACUGGUACAAUUUGAAAGAUACUUCAACUAUAAUUUUAGAAGAUAUUUUGCUUAUAACAGCAAUGUGUCCCCCUGGAGGAGGAAGAAAUGAAAUUACAAGUCGUUUUAUGCGACACUUGAAUGUUAUUUCUGUUGCUGAUUUUGAUGAUAACACACUUACAAAGAUUUUUUCCACUAUCUGUGAUUGGCAUUACGGAAGAGAUUUUGAAGCAGAUUUUCUUCGACUUGGAAAGAUUAUUGUAAACGCCACAAUGCAAGUUUAUAAAUCAGCCAUGGCUAAUUUUCUUCCUACACCAUCCAAAUCACAUUAUGUAUUUAACCUUCGUGAUUUUUCUCGAGUCAUUAGAGGCAUACUAUUAGUACCUAGUACCCAUUUACAGGAUACUAAUAAGCUUAUUAGAUUAUGGGUUCAUGAAGUCUAUCGAGUUUUUUAUGAUCGACUUAUUGAUGAUUCAGAUAGACUAUUUUUCUUUGAUUUGAUUACUGACACUACAAAAAAGCAAUUUAAUAAAGAACUUGGCACUCUAAUGAAACAUCUUGUACCUAGUGGACCUAUCACAGAUUCUAGCAUUAGAUCAUUGUUUUUUGGAGAUUACAUGCCAAGCAAUUCUUCUGAAAAAAUAUAUGAUGAAGUAACAGAUCUUAGUUUAUUGACAUCAAGGAUGGAAAGUUUUUUAGAGGACUAUAAUCUGAUGAGCAAAACUCCAAUGUCACUUGUUAUGUUCAAGUUUGCCAUUGAACAUGUUUCAAAAGUAGCUCGUAUUCUGAAGCAAGCCAAUGGCCAUGCUUUAUUAGUUGGUGUUGGAGGUAGUGGCCGUCAAAGUAUUGCAAAGUUAGCAACUUUCAUUGCAGAUUUUGUAUUGUUUCAAAUUGAGAUUUCAAAAAGUUACAACAAAAUUGAUUGGCGCAAUGAUCUUAAAAAGCUGCUAAUUUUAUCUGGAGUUGAUGGUAAACCAACUGUUUUUUUGUUUAUUGAUAACCAAAUAAAAGAUGAGCUGUUUGUUGAGGAUAUCAACAUGAUUUUAAAUACAGGCGAUGUGCCAAAUAUUUUUGCAGCUGACGAGAAAGCUGAUGUAAUUGAUAAAAUGCAAGGAAUAGCGAGAAAUGAAGGUAAAAAAAUUGAUUCUACUCCAUUAGCAAUGUAUAAUUACUUCAUUGAUAGAGUAAAAGCAAACCUUCACAUAGUAUUAGCAAUGAGCCCAAUUGGAGAUGCUUUUAGAAAUCGUUUAAGAAUGUUUCCUUCACUUAUUAAUUGUUGCACUAUUGAUUGGUUUCAGGCAUGGCCUGAUGAUGCAUUAGAAAUGGUAGCAAAAGCGUUUUUUAAAGAUAUCAAUAUAGAGCCAACUGUUCAAAAUGCUGCAGUUCAAAUGUGCAAAUAUUUUCAUGAAAGUGCCUGUAGACAAUCAGAAAAAUACUUACACAUAUUAAGAAGAUACAAUUACGUUACUCCUACUUCUUAUCUUGAGUUGCUUCAAGCAUUUAAAAACUUGCUUCAUGUUAAACAAGAUGAGAUACAGUCACUCAAAAGUCGAUAUGUAAUUGGCUUAGAAAAACUUGAGUUUGCAGCAUCUCAAGUUAGCAUUAUGCAAGAAGAGCUAAUAUCACUGCAACCAAAGCUUGUUGAGACUUCAGAAGAAACUAAAAAAUUGAUGACUAAAAUUGCGCAAGACACUGUUGAAGUUCAAGCAAAGAAAGAGAUUGUGUCUGCAGAUGAAGAAAUAGCUAACAAAGCAGCUGCCAUAGCUCAAGGAAUUAAAUCAGACUGUGAAAGUGAUCUUGCUGAAGCUAUUCCAGCCCUUGAAGCUUCAAUUGAGGCUUUAAACACUCUUAAACCAAGUGAUAUUAGUCAAGUAAAAACUAUGAAAAAUCCUCCUAGUAUAAUUAAGUUAGUGAUGGAAGCUGUUUGUAUCAUGAAAGGUAUUAAACCAGAUCGAAAGAAUGAUGCAUCUGGUGCUGGAAAAAUUGAUGACUAUUGGGGACCAUCUCAAAAAAUACUAAGCGAUUUAAAGUUUCUAGAUCAACUGAAAUCUUUUGAUAAAGAUAACAUUCCACCAGCCAUUAUGAAAGUCAUAAGAACAAAAUACAUCACAAAUGAUCAGUUUGUUCCAGAUAUAGUGAAACAAGCUUCUGAAGCUUGUGAGGGGCUUUGCAAGUGGGUGCGAGCUAUGGAAGUGUAUGACAGGGUUGCUAAAGUUGUUGCACCCAAGAAACUCAAACUUGCAGAAGCAGAAAAUGAGUUGCAAAUGCAAAUGACAAAGCUUAAUGAGAAACGUCGUGUUUUAAAAGAGGUAUCAGACAAGCUACAAAAUUUGCAUGAUGAACUUGAUUUAAUGACUAAAAAGAAAGAAGAUUUAGAAGCAAACAUUUCUUUAUGUGAAAAAAAGCUAGAGCGUGCAGGCAAAUUGAUCGGUGGUUUGGGUGGCGAAAAAACUCGUUGGACAGAAACUGCGUUUCAUCUUGGAGAACUUUCCACCAGAAUUUUUGGUGAUGUUUUAAUGUCUUCAGCCGUUAUUGCAUACUUGGGUGCUUUUACAGUUGAAUUCAGAAAUGAAUGUAUUUCUGAUUGGUUAAAACUCUGUGCUAAAGUCAAGAUAAAAUGUUCUCCAAGUUUUACAUUGACUUCAACUCUUGGCGAGCCACUGAAAAUUCGAGAAUGGCAGAUUGCAGGUCUUCCUGUUGAUUCUUUCUCUGUUGAUAAUGGAGUCAUUGUAAACAGCACAAGACGCUGGCCCCUUAUGAUUGAUCCUCAAGGUCAAGCAAAUAAAUGGAUUAAAAAUCUUGAAAAAGCAAACAAAUUAGAAGUUGUCAAAAUGUCAAGUUCAAAUUAUGCACGUACAUUAGAAAAUGCUAUUCAGUUCGGGCAUCCUGUGCUACUUGAAAAUGUUGGCGAAGAGCUUGAUCCAAUGUUAGAACCUGUGUUGCUGAAGUUAACAUUUAAACAAGGUGGUAUUGAGUAUAUGAAACUUGGAGAAAAUGUUAUUGAGUAUUCAAAAGAUUUUAAGCUUUAUAUUACAACACGUUUGCGCAAUCCUCAUUAUCUACCAGAAAUUUCAGUAAAGGUUACAUUGCUGAAUUUUAUGAUUACACCAUUAGGACUGGAAGAUCAAUUACUUUGCAUUGUAACAGCCAAGGAAAAACCAGAAUUAGAAGAACAAAAGAAUCUUCUUGUUCUAGAGAGCGCUUCAAACAAAAAGCAGCUAAAAGAGAUUGAAGAUAAGAUCCUUUUAGUUCUUUCAUCUUCGCAGGGUAAUAUUUUGGAAGAUGAAACCGCAAUUAAAUUCUUGUCGUCAUCCAAAGUUUUAUCAGAAGAAAUUACUGAAAAACAGAUUUUAUCUGCUAAAACAGAAUGUGAAAUAGAUUUUACACGAAAUGGUUACAAACCUGUGGCAUCACAUUCAUCUACAUUAUUUUUUUGCAUUUCUGACCUUGGAAAUAUUGAACCUAUGUACCAGUAUUCACUUCUGUGGUUUAUUAAUCUAUAUGUUUUGUCCAUUGAAAAAAGUGAAAAAUCAGAUAACCUGUUAGAACGAACCGCUCAUCUAAAUGAUCAUUUUAUGAAGAGUGUCUAUAAUAAUGUUUGUCGCUCAUUGUUAGAAAAAGAUAAACUUCUUUUUUCAUUUCUCCUUACAAUCAAUGUGUUGAAAGCAAGAAAUGAAAUAGAUGAUCAAGUAUGGCGUUUCCUUUUAACUGGCGGUGUUGGAUUAGAUAAUCCAUACCCAAAUCCGUGCUCUUCUUGGUUAAAUGAGAAAUCUUGGGCUGAAAUUGUGCGUGCUUCUAAUCUUGUAAAGCUUAAUGGUCUAAAAGAUCAAAUGAAUCUUCCAGGAUGGAAAGUUGUUUAUGAUUCUGCAACUCCUCAUCUGGAAAAAUUCCCUCAAGCAUGGGAUAAGUUAUCAGGCAUCGAAAGGCUUGCAGUAUUGCGCUGCAUCAGACCAGAUAAAAUUAUUCCAGCUAUACAGGAUUUCAUUAUUGUUACAAUGGGUGCAUUUUACAUUGAACCUCCAACAUUUAACUUGCCAUUAAGCUUUAGUGAUGCAAGCAAUACUACUCCAUUAAUAUUUGUUCUUUCUCCUGGUGCUGAUCCUAUGGCUGCUUUAAAAAAGUUUGCAGAUGAAAGAGGCUUCGGUGGAGAUUUGACUCAAUGCAUAUCUCUCGGACAAGGACAAGGUCCAAUUGCGUAUAAAAUGAUUCAAUUAGCUUUGAAAAAUGGAACCUGGGUUGUCCUACAAAAUUGCCAUGUAGCCACGAGUUGGAUGCCAACUCUUGAAAAGAUUUGUGAACAAGAUAUAAUUCCAGAAAAUACUCACCCCAAUUUUAGGUUAUGGCUGACAAGUUACCCAUCGCCAAGUUUCCCUGUAUCUAUUUUAGAAAAUGGUGUUAAAAUGACUAAUGAACCUCCCAAGGGAAUAAGGGCAAAUUUACUUAGAUCAUACACUAAUGAUCCCAUAUCAGACAAUGAAUUUUAUAGUAGCUGCAACAAGUUACUGCAAUGGGAAAAAAUGCUGUUCGGAUUGUGCUUUUUUCAUGCUUUGGUUCAAGAGAGACGAAAUUUUGGUUCACUAGGAUGGAACAUACCUUAUGAGUUUAAUGAGUCUGACUUACGCAUUAGUAUGAGACAGUUGCAGAUGUUUCUCAAUGAUUACAAUGUUGUUCCAUUGGAUGCUCUGGUGUAUUUGUUUGGUGAAUGUAAUUAUGGUGGACGAGUUACUGAUGACAAAGAUCGUAGAUUGUUACUCUCUUUACUUAAAAAUUUUGUUUGUGAAAAAGUAUAUAGUGUUGAUCAAUAUUGUUUUUCACCGAGUGGACUUUAUUAUGUCCCCAGUAAAAAUGGUCUUGAAACAUAUGUUGAGUACAUAAGAGCACUUCCAAUAUUGUCUAAUCCUGAAGUUUUUGGUCUUCAUGAAAAUGCUGAUAUCACAAAAGAACAAAAGGAAACUCAAGAUUUAUUUGACAAAAUUCUACUGUCUCUGCCUCGUCAAUCUAGUGGACCUGGUAAGUCAACUGCUGACUCAGUAUCUGGUUUAGCUGACAGUAUACUAGCAAAGUUUCCACAAGAAUAUAAUUUAGGAAGUGUAGUGAAAAAGUUUCCAGUUUGUUAUGAAGAGUCAAUGAAUACUGUUCUCAAACAAGAGUUGAUUCGAUUUAAUCGUUUAAUAAAGAUUGUCCGCACUUCAUUAGUUGAUAUUCAAAAGGUUAUUAAGGGUCAAGUUGUUAUAUCUUCAGAGUUAGAGGAUAUGUUUAACAGUAUGCUUGUAGGUAAAAUACCAACGGCAUGGGCUACCAAGUCUUAUCCUUCCCUUAAACCUCUUGGGAGCUAUAUUGCAGAUCUCCUUGAAAGGCUAAACUUCUUCAAUGAUUGGAUUAAUAAUGGCAUCCCUAAGGUGUUUUGGAUAUCUGGAUUUUACUUCACUCAGUCUUUUCUUACAGGUGUAUCUCAAAACUUUGCUCGGAAGUACCAUUUACCUAUUGAUCAUGUUUGUUUUCAGUUUUUCAUCAUAAAAAAAGAUGCAGAUUUAAGUAAAAAACCUGAUGAUGGCGUUUAUGCAAAGGGUUUAUACUUAGAAGCUGCACGUUGGGAUCAUGAAAAACACAAAUUAGGAGAAUCGUUUUCCAAAGUUUUGCAUGAUGAAAUGCCAACUAUGUGGUUGCUUCCCAGUGAAAAAAGAAAGAUCAAUUCUUAUCCCUGCUACAAUUGCCCUCUCUAUAAAACAAGUGCAAGACGCGGAACUUUGUCAACUACAGGACACUCUACAAAUUUUGUUAUGUACAUGAAAUUACCAAGCGAUAAAGAUGAAAAUCAUUGGGUUAAUCGAGGUGUUGCACUAUUAUGUCAGCUAGAUAACUAAAAUAAUUUUUUUUUUAAACUAUUUUUUUAAAUUUAUUUAUUAUAAUUAAUAUAAUGUAAUAGUGGUUUAUA